CACAUCGCCAGCCCUACACAAGACUGCAACGUUAGACAACUUCUCUCAUACUUCCACUCAAAGCGACCAAAACAUUCGCACUAGAAAACCCGGUUUCAACCAUGUUCCGCGACGUAUCUCCCACCCUCGGGCCCUCCCAAUUCUCAUCCGCCAUCCCCCCGCCGUCCCCGCCUUUCUCCGCGCACAACGAUCCUCUCGACGACAUCUACGGCUCUGCACCCAACUCACCAGACCUAACCUCCCAACCCCCCGCAGACCCUGCCCACGAAAUUCUCUCCGACCUCCCGUCCCGCCAGCGCGCCUUGGACACCGACGCCUACCGCGAAGGCCUCGCCAACAGCAAGGGCCAGUACGUCCAAGAGGGUUUCGACGAGGGGUUCUCCCUCGGCGCGAACAUCGGACAGCAUGUCGGAUACAUUUUUGGAGUUCUCCAGGGUAUCGUGAAUGCCUUAGCAACGCACAACGACGCGAGAUUAGCGGAGGCGGAGGGGUUGUUGCAGUCUGCGAAGAAGGAGUUGGCGAUUGAAGAAGUACUGGGCAAGAACUGGGUUGAUGAGGAGGGGAUUUGGAAGUGGGAGGUCGAGGAUAAGUCGGAGGACGUCACGUUCAGUGAGGUCGCGAAUUGCCACCCUGUUGUGAGGAAGUGGAUGGACAGUGUAGCGGAUGUCGCGAAGAAAUGGGGUGUUGAUCUUCAAGCUGUGGAGAAGGGGUUGCAGCCUGAAGAAGAGGAGGAGCAAUCGCCUCCCAAAAAUGCGUCAAAGCACCUGCUAACCCUUCGUCCAACCCUCACGCGAUCUACUAUUGCGCCGUCACUCGUCCGCCGCCUCCAAACCACAGAAUGGCAACCCGCCCGCCCGAUAAACCCAGCCGACCUACCUAAACCGAAACCGCGAAAAAUAAAGCCUCCAUUCACACGUAGGAAAUGGGUACGCAGGCUAUUCGCCGUCUCCGCAGUGCUAGGCAUAGGAUACACAAUCGAUACCCAGUUCAACGCUUCUGCAAUCACCCGCAGUUUGCGAACUUUCAAGACUGGUCUUCUGGUGGGAAUAGAUUAUAAGAUAAACUUUCGCGCGCAUCCUCCACUCGCGGCGAGUAUCGAACAUCUACAUGAGCGUAAUGCUGUGAGAGUUUUCGAUCUACUUGGAAACAAUGGAGGGUUGUACUUGAAGAUUGGGCAAGCUAUCGCUAUGCAGAGCGCGAUCCUGCCCCCCGCUUUCCAAAAGAUGUUCGCCAAGAUGUUCGACGAUGCACCACAAAACGACUGGCGGGAGGUGGAAAAGGUCAUCCGCGAAGACUUCGGAAAGAGCCCCGAGGAGGUGUUUGGUGUCAGUUUCUCAGGCGAACCAGGAAAGGGUGUGAUGGAGAAGACUGCAAGGGCCAGUGCGAGUGUCGCUCAAGUUCACUGGGCAAGGCUCGCGGACGGUCGAGAGGUUGCAAUCAAGAUUCAGAAGAAGGAGAUUGCGCGACAGGUUGGGUGGGAUUUGUGGGCUUUCAAGGUUGUUGCAUUUGCAUACUCUUGGUGGUUUAAGAUACCCAUGUACAGUCUCGUGCCGUACAUUUCGGAGCGACUCAUGCUGGAAACGGAUUUCGAGAACGAAGCUGACAACGCGGAGGAGAUGCGCAAAUUAGUUGCCGGAGAAAGUCGACUGAACGGUCGGGUGUACAUUCCAGAAGUGUACAGAGACUUGUCGAGCAAGCGAGUGAUGACCGCUGAAUGGAUCGAGGGCGUGAGGUUAUGGGACAAGGCGGGCAUCACGAACCGAUGGCAGGGCGGUUGGAGGGCAGGCAGUCCAGGUGCUGGAGGUGCAAAAUUGCCUCCAAUACGUCAGACCAACGGUAAUCCUGACCCAAAUGUGCCCGCCGGCACAGCAAAGAAUGGGCUCCUAAAACCAGAUCGACUCUCAUGGAAAGGUCACAACGGCAAGGGAGGUCUUGGUGUUUCUCUCACUGAAGUCAUGGGCACUAUCGUUGAUCUCUUCUCCGCCCAGAUGUUCCUCUGGGGUCUCGUCCAUUGCGAUCCUCACCCCGGUAACAUCUUCAUUCGACGCUUACCAUCCGGGAAACCCGAGGUUGUCCUCAUCGACCAUGGCCUGUACAUCAGGAUGAACCCCAAAUUCAGACACCAGUACGCGCUGUUCUGGAAAUCACUGCUCGCAUUCGAUAACGACACAAUCAAAGACAUUGUCAGCAGCUGGGGCGUCAACAACCCCGACAUCUUUGCCUCCGCCACCCUCAUGAGGCCAUACCAGGGUGGAGACAACAGCACACUGAACGAGCUUCGCAACGGAGCGACCGGCAAAGACCAACAAGAGCGCGCUUACGAGAUGCAAGUAAAGGCCCGGGACGGCAUCAAGCAGAUUCUAGGCGAUGAGACCAAAUGGCCCCGCGAGCUCAUCUUCAUCGGACGCAACCUGCGAAUCGUGCAAGGUAACAACCAGUUCCUUGGCUCGCCCGUCAACCGCAUCAAGAUCACUGGCCUGUGGGCUUCACGAGCCCUGACUGAAAGUCUUGACCUAUCGUAUACAGAGCGAUGGAGCAACUGGGUGAAGCAUCUGCGUUUCAGGAGUGUGCUCGUCCUCACAGAUAUCGUGUUCUUGUGGUCGCGACUGAGGCAGGCACUUGGAUUGGGACGAGGCAUGGAAGAGGACAUUGAGGAAAGGAUGCGCGUGAUGGCGAAGGACUUUGGAGUAGAGCUCAACCACGGCGUGUUCGAGGGCUGAUUACGAGCGUGAAGUUACGUCCAUAUUUUUAGACAGGAUGACCGUAGAGGAAACUUGUACUAUACCGAUUCCCCUCAAACAUAGAUGAAAUAAAACGACUGAUAUAUCCUUACCCCAUCCUCCUCCAUCAAAACCAACCCUACAACUUAGCCCCCCUCUCCUUACUCUUCGCCUCCAACUCGGCCUUCUUCUUCGCAAACCUCUUCGUCGGCGCAUCCUCGACGAACCUCUCCGCCAGUGCAUCCACCGCAUUGACCACAGCGAUCAACCUCGCAUCCCUAAUCGGCGCAUUCUGCAACCUCUUCAUCUCCAUCAUACUCUUCCCGUCAUUCCCCUCGAGCUGGCCCUCUAGGAACCGCACAACCUCUGCCUGAAACUCCUCCCCCGUCUUGUCCCACACGUAGUUGUACAUGCCCGCGUCCUUGAGCUCCUGCGCCGAGAGCUUCGUGCCGAACAUGAGGAAGUCGUUCGCGCGGUGGAUGCCCAUGUG